GGGACGUCCCGUUGGGAGGUGGAAGCUCAUAAAGAUCCGAGUGGAGGAGACGACGCGCUGUUUGAGUUCUAACGGUCUGAGUCGAACGCUUCACAUCCUCCAACAUGAACAGAAUUAUCCUCCAGCUCGUCGCAGUGGGAUUCUGCUUCGCAAUCGGCCAAGCUCUGCAAUGCUACAAAUGCACUUUCGGCAUCGGGAACAUUUGCAUAACCUCUGAAACCGAAUGUAAAGCCGGAGAGCAUUGCUUCAGUGGUACCGGGACGGCAGUCGGUGUCAUGGAUAUAAAGAAGAAGGGCUGUCUAGCGGUGGCUGAUUGCAACAAGACCAUGGAGACGAACGUUCCCAACUCCAACUCCACUGUCUACUCCAUGACCAAGAUGUGCUGCAACACUGACCUCUGCAAUGCAGCGCCCGGUCUGCCCGGGGCCUCCGGGCUCAGCCUGGCCCUCGCCACCAUCACUGCUCUGCUCAUGGCCCAAAUCCUGGUUUGACAGAAGAUACAGUGGAUACUGGAUGACACAAAAUGCACACACGCAUAAACACACACAUUUCAUAUUGUACACACACAAGCACUACCAGGGUUAAAUUGAAUGCCCACCUCAGACAUGAGCUCUGUGGUUUUGUAACGUCAGAGAUUGUUUUUCUUCUCUUCACACACUUUGUCUUUAUUGUUCUCCAGGUUCUUUUUCAUUUCACACAAAGGUUUGUCAAUUAAAAUUAAGUUUCCUACUUUCCCUAUCUUCCUUGUAUCAGCCUUCAUUUCUCUGUAAGAGAUUAAAAUGUGUAGCGGACAAACAAUUUAAAGUCAAAAAUGAAUGUGUAACACUGGCGUGAUUUAAGUUCUCUGCAAUUAACUUCCUCCGCUUGGAUUAGCAGGAUACGUUUUAUUACAAGUCCGUGUCAGUUUUCUCGUUUAGUUGGUGCCAUUAUAGCUUCAAGGAAUAGUUGGACUUUUUUGUAAAAUGCAUUUAGUGCAUCAUAAGAGUGAACUACUCAUGUCUGUGGGGUAAAUAUGAAGCUACCGCCAGCAGAUUGGCUGAGUUUAGCAUAAAGAGUGGAAAAGGAAGGGAAAAAACGGCUAGCAGAUUUAAAUUGUAGUAAUUAGCAUGCUAGCUCAGUGGGGGGAACAGUAUUGGAUUUUAAACACCUAGCCGAUGAUCCCAUUUGUUUCCUUCAGCCCAACCUAGGCUCGCAUCCCUAUUUACAGUUGUUAUGCUGAGCUUAACUAACAGCUUUCUGGCUUUAGCUUCAUGUUUGUCAUGUUGCUUUUCUAAUCAAACUCAGAAAGAAGCGGAGAAAGUGAAUUUAAUAAAUUGCCAAGCUAUUCUUUUAAUUUGUUGUAUUCUGACCCACUGUAUUGUCAUUUCAGAGCCACAAUAUUCAAACAAAUUUAUGAUUUUAUUAACCAAUUUAUGAUGUCAAAGCUUUCAUAAACAUUUCUAUUUCCAGUCAUUUCAUUUAUUGCCAGUUGCUUUGCGUUGACUCUGUUAAUCUGGCAGUGUCAGCGAAAACUAAUCUCUUGUUUUCUGGUCGUACCUUCUUUUUUUUACUCCAAUGGUUCCAUUAAUGUGUUUUUAACCUGUUCUAUUUCAGAUAUUGGUUUCAAAUCUACGCUGCACUUCUCUUUAACUGUGGGGUAGAAGCUUCUGUUGAUCUCUAGUUCUGAAUGUAUAUAUCGGGCGAAUGGGAUUAAAUGUUGUGUUUGAAGACAUUGAAAUGUAACUGAGAUUGAACCAAUUUUAAAUUUGUCAAUGCUGAUGAUUAUCUCUGUUUGAUAUUGGCGUGGUGGAUUUCAACGGUUAAUUAAAACUUCCUGAAAUUAUCCUGACACUUUUGGCCUAAAAAAAAAAAAGAAGCAUGUAUGUCUGAAUGUUUUCUGUGAAGUUGGAUAUGUAGACAAUUCGAAGAAUGAAAUAAACACCUAGUGGGGUAAAAAAAA